AUGGGCAACUCCAAUACAAAGGAGUCUCGUCCCGAGCCUUCCGGCGCCUCCGGCCGGCUCUCCCAGGCGCCCUCACAUGAGCCCGCCGCCGCCAGCCGACCGAACGAGCAACCUGUUCCUCCUUCGGACCGUAGCAGGAAUAGGCAAAGUCGGUUUACAAGAGGCGAGCUCAAUCUUCUUGGCCUGGGCUCAACGGGAGCUAACAACAGAGAAGAGGCGCCCUAUGAACGGAGGGAAACGAAACAGGAAAGGGAGGCGAGACGCCUCGAGAAGGAAAGAACGGCUCGUGAAAAGGAGCGUGAACGGAGUAUGAAAGAGGAACAUGUCGACGGAGGAUAUCUGGUCACGCUUGGCGUCUACACCGGACCCGAAGACUUCAAUAAGCAAGUCGUCAGGCAGCUUCAGCUCGAUCGCAAAAUCGCGCCUUUCUGGCGAGGCCUUGACGACAAGGAUGACAGCUGGACCGAAUACCAGCUCGUCUGCGCUGGCCGAGGUCUCCCCAUCCCCGCUGCCGACGAGCAACCCCCCGAAGACCUUGUUCCUGCAGCUCCGACGCCGGUUUCGGCCAAUGCCUCUUCGCAAAACCUUGCAAAUUUGACGGUGCCCAUGGGCCCUCGCUCGUUGUCUGUUGAGUCUGACUACAGCACAUCGACGGCCAACGCCAACUCGGCCCUUGCCUCGCCAACCACGAACCCAAAGCGGUCGAGCUCUCCGUUCAAGCCUCGCGCAAAAGCCCUUGCUGCGGCCCUCAGCGGCAGUUCGCGCAAUAACUCUUCAGCCAAUAUUGCGCCUCGUGAGAUCACCUUACCACAUGACCCCUUCGUCAAUGGCCAGCUCCUCGAGGUCUUUCUCUACAAAGACGCUUCCGAGUGUCCCAUCUGCUUCAUGUACUACCCCCCGUACCUCAACCGUACCCGUUGUUGCGACCAGCCGAUUUGCAGUGAAUGCUUCGUCCAAAUCAAGCGACCCGAACCACAUUACCCAGAACACCACGGCGAGCCAGGCGAGCCAGGUCAACCGCAGGCGCCCAGCCCGGAGCAGAAUCCGGAGAUGCUUAUCUCAGAACCCGCUGCGUGUCCCUAUUGUCAACAGUCCGAAUUCGGUGUCACGUACGAGGCACCACCCUUCCGCCGCGGCCUCGCGCACGCUAUGCCCCCGCUGAGCUCGCAUAACACGGCCAUGUCGUCACAGAGUUCGCUCAGCUCAACCAUGCCCGGAUCUCCGCCCACCGGCAGAAGGCGCACGCAGAGCCUGUCCGCCAAUGCGCCAAACGUCAUUGCUACCGACCGCGUCCGCCCCGAUUGGUCUAGCAAGCUCGCCGCACAACGGGCGCACCAAGCCAGGCGCGCUGCUGCCGCCACAGCGCUACAUACGGCCGCUUUCCUCAUCGGCGAAAACCAACCACAACGUGGUUUUGCUUUUACUCGGCCUGGCCGCUUCAGUAGACGCAACACCGGGCAGAGCAGCCCAUCUGCCAACCCUGGCGACGAAAGCCCGUUGGCACAUGACGGCGAGGAUCCGAACGGCAUGGAACCGGGCCCUCGUGGAUCCUCUGGUCGUGGCAUUCUCGGUCGCCGAAGCCGCAUGGACGAGCUCGAGGACAUGAUGUUCAUGGAGGCUGUUCGACUCUCUCUCGCUGCCGAAGAGGACCGAAAGCGGAAACAGGAAAAAGCCGAGCGCAAGGAUGCCAAGAAGCGGGAGAAGGAGGAGCGAAAAGCAGCGAAGAAGGCCGAGAAGCAAGGCCAUUUUUACAACGGAGGUAGCUCUGCUAGCGCCAGCAGCUUGUCUCUCGGAUUUGGUAGACGUCGUGGCAACAGCACGACCAGCAACCUUCGCAUGGAAGCAACGCAGAACGCGCAGACCAGCUCGACCAAGGUCAACGAAGUGCCUAGCGGGUCGCCCACCAGCCCGACACCACCUGUGGAGGCCGGCGACAAGGGCAAGGGCAUCGAUCGUGGACAGGCUGAAUCGGAAGGCGUCGACAGCACAGCUACCCAGAGCAGCUCGACAGUACCCUCGCUACCGAUCCCCACGACGAGCCGCGGCCCGUCUCACCUCAGACAAAUGAGCAACGCUUCAUCGAUAUCCUCCUCUCUCGCUGACAGCGCGGCUGGGAGCUACUCGAACACUGGCUACCUCGAUGGUAACAACCCUCGAGGAAAUGGGACCAGCUCGGGUGCGCGGGGCGAAGAAGCCGACCGCGACGCUACAGAGCCCAUGUACAACUUCCGCAGCCUGGCAGAGAUGGUGGGCGUCGACAUUGAGAAUGGCGAAAGCUUGGCACGAGCUGGGGACACGAACAACAGCUCAGCGACCAAAAAGAGAGACGAUGACGAUGUCCCUGAAGCCGAACAAGUAGAGGAUGUCCGUCUUACGAAGCAACAGCUGGUCGAGGAUAGCGUGGCAACGCUCAAACCCCCACCUACGAUAAUCGAGCUGCCUGAAGAACACGGAGAGACGAGCGUCACCAGCACGCCCAUCAGCGAUAUAUCAACGCCUGAGGUUAUGGUCACGCCGGAGACACCGGCACCUCUCGACGACGAAGGGGGCGAGUCAAAGAAACUGGGAUACUCAAUGGUGGAGAGGUCACCAGCUAUCACACACUGA